UUUCAUCUCACCUGGCUAUCCAUCGCCCCCUUGCGGCAGCCAAACAGUCCUUGUCGCUCCCUCCGAGCAAGACUUCAAUCGAGCCUGCACGUCGACCCUACCACACGAAAUGACAGAGAGUCGGAGGGUCAUCGUCACCUAUGCCGACGAAGGCAAGCUCUGGAGCCAGAUGGCCGACGAGAUCUCCAGUCGCAUGCCGCUGCGCAACAUCACCUGGCAGAAUCCCAUGGACAAGUCUCGAACGAUCUUCAGGACCAUCGAGGCCCUUGAUGUCGAGUUCAAGCGGUUCUCGGCCGACAUUUUCCCUCGCCAGGCGCCGAACGGCUCCGUCCAAAACCCGUUUUUUGUGCAUCUUUUCCUCGUAAACUGCGAGGAUAUGGACCUCUACAAGAACCAGGUGCGCAAGCAGAUCCAGGACUGGCUGAACGUCAUCGCCAACAAGAAGAGCCAGGAAUGGCUGAUUGUGAACGUGGUCCCGGCCGAUGGGAAGAAGAUCCAGACCCCAAGAUUCCUGGGUGGCGGAAAUGUGUUUGAAAAGAUAAAAUCCGAUUUCAGUAUGGGCAAGAAAGACAGAUUUGUCCAGCUCAAGCUCGGCAGCACCGAUUCCCAAGAAUCCUGGAUCGAGUUUAUUGCCAAACUAAAGGAGGCACUCGUCACAAGCUUCAACCAGCAGAUUCUGCAGUUCGAGGAGGAUACUCGACGCCUGGACUCGCAGCGACUUAUGCCGGGCUGGAACUUUUGUCAAUACUUUAUCAUGAAGGAAGCGCUGGCAUAUAUCUUUGAGCUCAUGAAUCUGCUGGGCGAAGCCUUGCUCGUUUAUGACGAGCUGGAGGCCUCGUUUUUCCAAACCAUGGCAGAGCAAGGCGUUCCGUGGAUCAAAAAGUUCGGCGGCACCGACCCCGGAGACGAUAGCGGGGACAUUUUGAAUCUGAAGCAGAAGCCCUACCGCGAUAUGAUCAGCCAGACGACCAUCUCGAUCUUUGACUUUCGCAUCUACAUGUUUGCGCGACAAUGCCAGAUCCUCUUCCGCAUGAACAUGCCCGUAGAGAUCUGUCGACGAUCAAACAUCUUCAUCGCCGUCUUUGGGCGGACCCUUGAAGACUACAAGGUGGCGCUCGUACCCAACUUUUGCGAGUGCUGGAUUUACUCGGCCUGCUUGAACGUGAUUAUGCACUGCCAGGAACUGGUCGCCGUGUCAAGCCACAGUCCCGAAGUGGUCGCAAUCUACGAGGCAUACAAGGGGGAGCUCCUCAUGCAAGCCCGACUUCAGCUCGACCGCCUUGGCGCCCGCACCGGCCAGUAUCUUUCGAUCAUCCACACGACCACGCCCAGCAAGCCAACCGAGAGUUCGGAGGCUUAUGUUCCGUUCUAUGAUCUGGAUCCCGAGGAGAUCGAUGCCAACAGCCACACUUUGCAUCUCGAUGAGGUCGCGUACCUGACUAACCAAGAGCUCAAGAACGCCUUGAUGUCCACGUCGCACUUUGAUGAGCUAUACGCGCGAAUCACAGGUCGUGCUAUUACUAGCUUUGAGCUCACCACACGGGCCCGCACCGUAAAUAUGCUCAAGUGCGACAUUGCACUCCUCCUCUUCACACGCGGACGUUUCCAGGACGCCAUCAACAUCCUCGUCCCGCUCGCAGCGUACUUCAAAGGACACGAGUGGAACACCAUCCACACUAUGAUCGUCGAGAAGCUCUCGGUGUGCCAAAAGAAACUCGGCAGGUUGACGGACUUUGUCAACUCAUGCAUACACUUGAUUACCGUCAACAGCGAGCUCGAGCGCACGAGCCAUGUUUUGCGGAGUGGUGGCAAGGGGCAGCUCAUUCGGUCGCAGUCAUCUCGGUCGCUUGUGUUGAUGUCGGGCCUCCAGCCAGCAGAUAUCAAUGCAUGCAUCGACGCAAUCCAGCAGACGGCCGGGGUAAUGGAGACUGGGCUGGUGUGCGACGACAGCAUCGUGUUUGAGCCUGCAGUGCUCUCCCUGGUGCAAGAGCUUCAUGAGGAAGACAAAAUCAGCGCAACCGUUCGGAUUCACAGUCGACUGAUCAAGGACAUUUGCCUGUCGUCCGUCAAAGUCAUCCUUGAUGGUCCCGAAGGGGCCCAGAUGCUCUGCGGAGCCAGCGAUGUUAGCUUAGAGCCCGGCUCGAACGAGGUCAAGCUCACGAACGAGACAGUCAUUCUCCCGGGCCUCUUCACGGUCUCGGCCAUCGUGCUCGCGAUCGGCAAGCUUCAGUUCCGAUAUAACACCAGCAAGCUCUCGAAGAAGAAACAAACGUUCCGAAUCUACGAGAACCACGGCUCGAUCAAAGUCAACAUCUCGAUCCCGGACCAAGUGGUCUACGGAGAACUUGCGAGCUCGCUGACGAUGCGAAUCCUCACCAACUCCAACGCCAUCGAACAUGGCGAGCUGCUGCUUGCAUCAAUCAACGGCAUGAUCCUACACUAUAGCAAGGCAUCCGUCUUCCGCGUAUCGUCGUGCCUCAAUGCCGACGAUGUCCCUCGAGAGCGGCCCUCUGAAAUCGUUGGGGACAACAGGAUCAGCUUGCCCAAAAGUCCGGCAAACUCCCUGAUCGAAUUCUCGAUUCCCUAUACUCUGCCGCCGGACAAGGCCGGCCAGGAAGACUAUUAUAUCAAAGUCACACUGCCGUACAGCCUCGCAGAUGGCUCCAAGCGCGUCUACUGCAUGACAGAAAAGGUCAAGAUUCUCCCGCCGGUGGGCUUUUCGAGUAGUUUCAACUUUGCCUCGGACAGCCUCUUUGCACAAGUGCAGUUGAUCGGACUGGAUUCGGUUCCCAUUCGAAUCACCGACACAACUAUAUCGGUCCCACGACACUACAAGUGUACCGAGUAUCCCUUGGCGUCGACGACUCUGGUGGAACAGCAGAAAAUGACGCUGUUCUAUCGCUUGGAGCCGAUAGAUGUCACCAGUGAUUCUUCCGCCAAGCGACCGGCACAUGGCGACAAGCUCCAGUUCGCGCUCAAGUACUACUACACCCGUGAAGAGAUCGAACAGUUCAUUUUGUUCCAUCUCGAGCAAGAGCUGCGUGCAAACCAGAUGACCAAGUGCACCGGGUUCUUGACGCAGCUGCUGAAGGACCAUAUUUUCACCCAGAUCGACUUUCACUCGUAUGGGCUUUACAACGAAGUCGACGUCUUUCCAGGGAUGUUUUCGUCCGACGACAGCAGCGAUCGCAGCACUCUUGUGGGCUGGCUGCAAGACUCUGUGAACAUGGACGACGAGGGAAUCAGCAGCGAAAUCCUCAAGUUUUUGCAAGGAUUUGCAACAAAGUUCCAGAAGAUAACUGCUGGCCAGGUUCGCGAAUCGAUCCAAAUCAAGCCUCGCACACUGGUGUACAACUUUGCACCUCCUGUGUGUCAUAACAUCAUUACGUCGCACCUCCACCUGCAUGGGGCCGAGAGUGCCAACGGCCAAUACAGCGUCGCUCAGACGAUCCCGUGCACCCUGGAGCUGAAGUUGAAGGCGUGGGGCAAGAGCGAUCAUAGCGAAACCGAAGAGUUUCUCGAUAUCACCAUCGAGGCCCUCUUUGAUCCCAACAUUUGGAUGCUCUCGGGCAAGCGAGUGAAUGCGGUCCGGCUACAGAUGAACCUCGACGAGGCAAACGAGCAGACAGUCAAGCUUCCAUUUGCAUUGAUUCCACUGACGACGGGCGAGCUGCCGAUGCCGAACUUUCGUCUGGUGAACAAGUCGCUGUCUGAAUUGGAUAUGCAAAGCAAACCGCUGAAGCUACAGCUGAUCCACAUCAACUCGGGCGAGCAAGUGAUGAUCCUCCCACGAGAACAGAGCGCGCAGCUGGUCCUUGAAAUGAGUCCAGCGCCGGAAUCCGCCUCAGCGUAGCGCGAGGUGUGCCUGGGCGAGGGCGCAAAGGGCCGAGGCGAUGUCGGCGAUGUGACCUCCGUGACCCAAUAUGAGAUAGCUUGCUGCUACCAAUGCAAUGCAGCGAUCAAGUGUGUCC